AUGAGAACCAUCCUCAAGGCCAUGUCAGCUGUCUGGGAGGCCGAUUUUGGUUAUAGAAGCACUGUUCCCAACGAAGUCCAUCAAAUGCGAUGCCUUCAUAAGCAGCCCAGCGCCACUCUCGACUUCCACGAAGGUCUGCUGUCAAUCAGGGCGGGGUUUGGCCAAGUGUUCGAGGCCGGACGUCUGCCUCUCCACCCUUGUGUCCUCAUCCCAUUGAUUCGUUCACCUCACCAUGAGAGGAAGUCAAUUCUUCGGAAGCCUUCUAUUCUCCGGACUAAGCCGAAUCUCCUGAUGCUGACGGUGUCCUUCGACUCCUAUCAUCUCCCGCUGACCAUAUACCGUUUUGCGACAAAUCGAGUCAUUCUUUUAUUCGACAUGGCCACAUCUUUCGACUUUCAUUGA